UAAUAUCAUAUUUGCAUCAAAAUAUGGUAAGAAUAAUAAGAAUUGUUAAUCUUUUGAAAUCGUAAAAUGCAAACACAAACCAAUAUUGUUUUUUAGGAAAUAAAUGCUUCAAUUUUAUUAUUAUAAUGUCUGAGUUCAAACCUCCUCUCAAGCGAUAUAGAAGAGAUGAAGACGAAUCUAAUUCUGAUGAUGAUUAUGUACCAUAUGUGCCAGUCAGGGAACGGAAGAAACAAGAGCUUUACAAACUGGGUAGACUUGCAAAACUUAAAGAAGAGUCAGGAAAAAAAGUAAAAUCAUCUAGUGAUGAGUUUGACGAAGAAGAAAUUGAAGGACAAGUAUGGGGUAGAAAAUCAAAUAUAAGUCUUUUGGAUCAACAUACGGAACUUAAAAAACUUGCCGAAGCUAAAAAAGAGAGUGAAAUGGAAAAACAGUUAAAAGAAGAAGAAAAAAUUUUAGAAAGCGUAGCAGAAAAAAAAGCUUUGAUGGGUGUUGCAGAAUUAGCUAAAGGCAUCCAAUAUGACGAUCCAAUUAAAACAAGUUGGACUCCACCUCGAUAUAUUUUAUCCAUGCCAGAUGCUCGUCAUGAAAAUCUACGCCAUAAAUUACGUAUAUUAGUUGAAGGAGAUGAAAUCCCUCCACCUCUUAGACAUUUUAGAGAAAUGAAAUUAAACAAAGGUAUUAUGGCUGGCCUUGCUCAAAAAGGUAUAAAAAAACCAACACCAAUACAAAUCCAAGGGAUUCCUACUGUAUUAUCUGGAAGAGAUAUGAUUGGUAUAGCAUUUACUGGUAGUGGAAAGACAUUAGUUUUUGUUCUACCACUUUUAAUGUUUUGUCUUGAACAAGAAGUAAAAUUACCAUUUAAACCUAAUGAAGGACCUUAUGGAUUGAUAAUUUGUCCAUCUAGAGAAUUGGCUAAACAAACAUUUGAUAUUAUUAAUCAUUAUAUUACAUAUUUAGAGCGAGCUAAUUAUCCAAGACUUAGGUCAUGUUUAGCUAUAGGAGGUAUACCUGUUUUUGAAUCACUUGAUGUUAUUAAAAGGGGUGUUCACAUAAUGGUAGCAACCCCUGGCCGAUUAAUGGAUAUGUUGGACAAGAAAAUGAUAAAUUUAGACACUUGUCGGUACCUAUGUAUGGAUGAGGCUGAUAGAAUGAUUGACAUGGGUUUUGAAGAAGAUGUAAGAACUAUAUUUUCAUUUUUUCAAGGUCAAAGACAAACUUUAUUGUUUUCAGCCACUAUGCCAAAAAAAAUUCAAAACUUCGCUCGAUCAGCUUUAGUUAAACCAAUUACCAUUAAUGUUGGUAGAGCAGGUGCUGCAUCUAUGAAUGUUAUUCAAGAAGUAGAGUAUGUUAAACAAGAGGCAAAAGUUGUUUAUUUGCUGGAAUGUUUAAAAAAAACUACUCCGCCAGUUUUGAUUUUUGCCGAAAAGAAACAAGAUGUUGAUGCCAUACACGAAUAUUUACUGCUUAAAGGAGUUGAAGCUGUUGCUAUACAUGGAGGAAAAGAUCAAGAGGAACGUUCAAAAUCUGUUGACGCUUUCAGAAAAGGUCAAAAAGAUGUACUUGUAGCAACUGAUGUAGCAUCUAAAGGUUUAGAUUUUGAAGAAAUACAACAUGUAAUCAACUAUGAUAUGCCUGAUGAUGUAGAAAACUAUGUGCACAGAAUUGGUAGAACUGGUCGUUCAGGUAAAACUGGUAUAGCUACAACUUUCAUCAAUAAAGCCAAUGACGAAUCAGUACUAUUAGAUUUGAAACAUUUGUUAAUAGAAGCACGACAAAAAGUUCCAUUAUUUUUGGCUGAACUGGAAUCAGAAAAUGAAAAAUAUUUGCAGCUUGGAGAUGAAAGAGGUUGCAGUUAUUGUGGUGGUUUGGGUCACAGAAUCACAGAUUGUCCAAAAUUAGAAGCAAUACAAACCAAACAAGCAUCGAAUAUCGGCCGUAGAGAUUACUUGGCUACUAGUGCUGCUGAUUACUAAGAUGAAGAACACAAACAUAAAACAUAUUUUGUACUGACUGUUUUAUAUAAAUAAUACUUUUAAUAUCAGACUGAUAUGACUAUUUUUAGUAACAAGUCCAAAAAUAUGUGAUGUUUUUUAGUUAAUAUACUAAUUUUUUUCUAAGACUUAAA